AUGAGCUACAAUAAUAGCUAUAACAACAGUUACAAUAGCAACAAUAAUAAUAACAACAGUUACAAUAGCAACAACAAUAAUAAUAAUAAUAAUAAUAAUAAUAAUAAUAAUAAUAAUAAUAAUAAUAGCAAUAAUAAUAAUAAUAACUAUAAUAACAACUUUAGUAGCGGUGGUAGAUCUAAUUAUAAUAACUACAAUAACUAUAAUAGUUAUAAUAAUGACUUCAAUAAUUCAAACAAUAACUACAGAGGGAAUAGCGUUUUUGGAAAUAAAAACAAUAGCUAUUUAAAUAAAGGAGGAAAUAAAGUUUAUAAUACAAGUAAUAGUAAUAUCAAUUAUAAUAAUAAUAAUAAUAAUAAUAAUAAUAAUAAUAAUAAUAAUAAUAAUAGUAAUAACAAUAACAACAAUAAUAACCAAGGACAAACAUCUUAUAAUAAUAAUAAUAAUAAUAGUAACAACAAUAAUAAUAAUAACAACCAAGGGCAAACAUCUUAUAAUAAUAAUAAUAAUAUUAAUAAUAAUAUUAUUAACAGUGGAUUAAAUAGUUUGAAUAAUAAUAAUAAUAAUAACAAUAAUAAUAAUUAUAGUGGACUUGAGAAUAAUAUUAAUAAUUACCAACAAACACCACCAAUUUUACAACAACAACAACCAUUAUUAUCAAACCCAAUCAAUCAUUUCGAACAACCUGCACCAGUUUAUGCAGGUGAUCCAUUUCAAUUACUUCACCAUAAUGAUAGUAAUAAACUAAAUGAUGAAUAUUUAAGUAGUUACGAUAGAUUAGGUCAAUCCAGUUAUAAUGGUGGAAUGGGUGGCUAUAAUAAUAACAAUAAUAACAAUAAUAAUAAUAAUAUUAAUAAUAAUAAUAAUAAUAAUAAUAAUAAUAAUAAUAAUAAUAAUAAUCAAAAUUAUGGUGGUUAUAAUCGACAAACAAUACCACCAGUUGAAUCACCAAGUUUUAGAUAUACAAGUAAUGUUGGAGGUAAUUUAAAUAGUAACUUUAAUAUUAGUAGUAGUAGUAGUGGGGGUAGUGGAGGUAGUGGAGGUAGUGGAGGAAGUGGUAGUGGAAGUAAUAAUAUAUUUACAAUCGAGAAUUCUAAAGGAUUCUUAAAUCAAUACAUGAUUAAAUUAGGAAAGAGACCAAAUGAUCAAUAUAUAUCAUCAACAUCGCAUGGUUUACCACCAAAUCAAACAUUUGAAACUAUAUUAGAACUCCCAUUUCCAACACAUUUGGGUAGGGAUUCAAUGAAAAUUACAGGUAAAGGUUCAAGUAAGAAUGAAUCUAAAACUCAAUGUGCAGAAAAAGCUUGUAGGGUAUUAGCUGAAAUGGGUUUAAUCAAUUCCUCAAAUAAAGGCUCAUCCACUACUAAUUUCCCCUCAGAUAUGGCAAGCGGUGGCGGAAGUGGUGGUGGCGGUGGUGAACUACAAAUGGAAACAGUUCCAGAUUCUCAAUUUGAUGAAUCAAAGAAAUUGGUUCAACAAAAAGGUAUUAGAUCAAGUUGUUUAGAAUUUGAAAACUCUUGUUUAUUAAGUCAUAGUAAUGGUGGUAUAAAUGGUAUUUUAGGUCCAUCUGGUAUAAGUUGGAAAUUUGAUGCAGCAAAAAGAAAGAUUGAACAAUAUUGUAAACAAUUUGGAUACCCAGAGAAUAAUGUAUAUAGAAGUCAUGAAACAUCAAGAGGUAGCCUCAUGAAAUUUUCAAAAACAUUUGUUGUUGAAAUGUAUUUACCAAUUCAAGGUGUAGUUCAAAAGAUUACAAUAACUGAAUCUGAUAAUAAAAAAUUAUCUGAAAAUUUAGCUGCUGUUGAUGCUUGUGAAUAUUUAUUAGAGAAUGAAUUAAUUCAACCAGAAUAUAAAGCACCAAAAUCCUCAACUUUAUCUGAUGAAUUUUUUAAAAUUAAUUAUGAUAUACCACCAGAAAUUUAUCAACAAUCAAGAGAAACAUUAGAAAGUGUUACAUAUCAAAAUAAUGAAUUUUAUCCAAGAAAGAUUUUACAAUUAAAUAAAAAGAUCAAUACAUAUACACCACAACAAACAUUAUUGGAUGUAAAAUCAUUUGAAGAGUUAUCAGAUAUUGGUAUUGAAAGAAGAGCUUACGAACAUAAUAAGAGACAAACAGCUGAAUAUAAGAGAAUCUAUCAAAAGAGAACAGAGUUACCAAUUUUCAAACAACGUUCACAUUUGAUUGAAUCUAUAAAGAAUAAUCAAAUCAUCAUUAUUAUGGGUGAUACUGGUUGUGGUAAAACCACUCAAAUUCCACAAUUUGUAAUUGAAGAUAUGAUCGAUUCAGGUCAUGCACCUUAUUGUAAUAUCGUUAUGACUCAACCAAGACGUAUCUCUGUAUUGGGUGCAGCAGAAAGAAUGGCAUAUGAAAGAUUGGAAAAAGUUGGUGAUACAGUUGGUUAUCAAAUUAGAUUUGAUAAUGUUCAACCAUUAGGUACUUCAAAAUUAUUGGUUUGUACUCCUGGUAUUCUCUUAAAAAGAAUGUAUUCUGAUAUGAAAUUACAUAAUGUUAGUCAUUUAUUCAUUGAUGAAGUUCAUGAAAGAGAUAUUCAUACUGAUUUCUUAUUAAUUAUUUUAAAGAAAUUAUUAGCAGAUAAUAAUAAUUUAAGAGUAAUUUUAAUGAGUGCAACAAUGGAUAAUAGUUUAGUAUCAGCUUAUUUUGGAACAUGUCCAGUUAUUAAAUUAACAUCAUAUCAUCAUAUUGCACAAGAAUAUUUCUUGGAAGAUAUUUCAAAACAAUUGAAUGAUCCAACCAUAAGUUAUCGUGAUGAACAAUCGGAUGAUGUCGACCAUGAAAUGAUUUUACAAUUGAUUGUACACAUUGUAACCAAAGUAUCAUCAACUUCGGAAGAUUCAAUCCUUAUAUUUUUACCAGGUUGGGAAGAUAUCUCGCAAACUAGAGAAUUGAUGAGAAGACAUCCAAUGCUUAGAAAUGAAAAUGAAUUCUUAAUUCUACCAUUACAUUCAAGUGUUUCAAUGCAAUUACAAGCAAAAGUAUUUGAAAAGCCACCACCAAAAAUUAGAAAGAUCGUACUCUCCACCAAUAUUGCUGAGACUUCAAUUACAAUCAACGAUGUCGUCUACGUUAUUGACUCUGCAAAGGUUAAAUUAAAAUAUCAUGAAACUCAAAGAGAUUUAACCCUCUUCCAAACCGUUUGGGCUUGUAAAUCAUCUUUGAAACAAAGACGUGGUAGAGCUGGUCGUGUUAGAAAAGAUGGUGUUUGCUAUCAUAUGGUUUCAAGAGAUCGUUACAAUACUUUGGAAGAAUUUCAAUUGUCUGAAAUGCGUCGUAUGCCAUUGCAUGAACUUUGUCUUCAAGUUAAAGUUUUGGUUUUGGGUGAUGUAAUUGGUUUCCUCUCUGAAGCAUUAGAACCACCCGAAACUAAAUCUAUCGAUAAUGCAAUCAAUCUUCUCAUCGAUUUGGGUGCAUUAAAUGCUAAUCAAGAAUUAACUCCAUUAGGUUUACAAUUAUCAUUUAUUCCUGUUGAUCCAAGAAUUGGUAAAAUGAUUAUUCUUGGUAGUUACUUUAGAUGUUUAGAUCCAAUCUUAACAAUUGCUUCUUUCUCUAAUCAAAAGAAUCCUAUAACAACUUUAUAUAAUCAAGGUAAUGAUAAUAAUAACAAUAAUAAUAAUAAUAACAACAAUAGCUAUUAUAAUAAUUAUUAUCAACAACAACCACAACAACCAAAGAAUUUAUAUCCAGAAUUACAAAGUGAUCAUUUAUCAUUUUUAAAUAUAUUUAAUGGUUGGUUACAAUCAAGAAUGGAUGGCACAGAGGAUCAAUAUUGUCAAGAUUUCUUAUCAAUUCCAUUGUUACAACAAAUCUUGAAAGUAAAGAAACAAUUACUAUCAACCAUUAAUGAUUUAGGUAUUAUCAAUGCUCAACUUCGUGAUGGUUUCGUUAAUAAUAGCUUCUUUAAUGAAAAUAGUAAUAAUUUAGAUAUUAUCAGAGCAAUCAUUUGUUCUGGUCUUUUCCCAAAUAUUGCUAGACAAAGAAAGAAAAGAGAAUUUAAAACCCUCUCUGAAAAUACCUUUUUACAUCCUUCUUCAAUCGUUUACAAUUUAUUCCAAGAACUUAAUCCAAAGGAAAAUUGGGUUAUCUUUGAAGAGAAGUUCAAAACAAAGUUAACCUUUAUUAAAACGAUCACAAGAAUUCCUGAAAUCUCUUUGUUACUCUUUGGCUCAACUCCAAUUUUCAAUCAAACUUCAACUGAAAAUUCAACUGUCUCCAUAAAUGGAACUCAAAUUAAAUUUUACAUUCCAACUUUAUCUUGCCAUCUUUUACUUUCAAUUAGAGAGCAAAUGGAAAAAUCACUCCAAAAAUACAUUGAACAAAGUGAUUAUAGUAAUAGUUUCUCAAAAACAGAUUAUGAAUUCCAAAAAUGUCUUAUGGCCUUACUUUCCUUUAACUUUAAUAAAUAA